UCUUCGCCAGCCUCUUCAGGUUCUUCACCGGUUUCUUCACCAACUGUCUCUUCACCAGCAGGAGUUUCUUCAUCGCCUGCUUCCUCUUCAGUAGUCUCUUCUGCAGGUGUUUCCUCUACAGCAGGCUCCUCACCAGUAGGAGUUUCUUCACCGGUUGCUUCCUCACCCGCAGUUUCUUCUAAAAGAGUUUCUUCAGCAGCACCUUCUUCACCGGAUUCUUCUUCAACCUCAGGCGUUUCUGGUGUUUCUUCUCCCGCGGCUUCUUCGCCAGCCUCUUCUGUUUCUUCACCGGUUUCUUCACCAACUGUCUCCUCACCAGCAGGAGUUUCUUCAUCGGUUGCUUCCUCACCAGCAGUCUCUUCGGCAGGAGUUUCUCCUACUGCGGAUUCCUCACCAACGGUUUCUUCUAAAGGAGUUUCUUCAGCAGCUGGCUCUUCAGCAUCAGGAGUUUCUUCACCGCCUUCUUCCUCUGGAGCAGUCCCUUCUGCUGGAGUUUCUUCACCAGCUGGCUCCUCACCAGCAGGAGUAUCUUCACCGGUUGCUUCCUCACCCGCAGUUUCUUCUAAAGGAGUUUCUUCAGCAGCACCUUCUUCACCGGAUUCUUCUUCAACAGCAGGCUCCUCACCAGCUGUCUCUUCUGCAGCAGUCUCUUCUGCAGCAGUCUCCUCUGCAGCAGUCUCUUCUGCAGCAGUCUCUUCUGCAGGAGUUUCUUCUGCAGCAGUCUCUUCUGCAGCAGUCUCUUCUGCAGCAGUCUCUUCUGCAGCAGUCUCUUCUGCAGCAGUCUCUUCUGCAGCAGUCUCUUCUGCAGCAGUCUCUUCUGCAGGAAUUUCUUCACCAACAGGCUCCUCACCAGCAGGAGAUUCAUCACCGUCUAUUUCCUCUCCAGCAGUCUCUUCUUCAAGAUUUUCCUCACCGGCUGUCUCUUCUGCAUCGGUUUCUUCACCAACGACUUCCUCACCAGCAGUUUCUUCACUAGCCACUUCUGCCGGUGUGUCUUCACCAGCAGUCUCUUCUCCAGUCUCCGCUAUAGGGGUAUCUUCACCAGCAGGAGUUUCUUCACUUGAUGUAUCCGCAUCUGUUGGUUCUUCUGCAGUUACUUCACCAGCUUCUGCUGCAGUUUCCGCCGGUGGAGUUUCUUUUACUGCUUCAUUGUCCGUUUGA